GUUUAUAAUAUGAACACCCACUCUUCUCUUUUCUUGACAAUAAAAAAAGAAGCUUCUUUCUCUCUGUUUUUUCUCAAAGAUAAGUCGUCUUGCAUUUGAAGAACUUCAAUAAAAUCCAACAGAAAUGGAUUUUCUAGUUUUAAGAAGGCCUUAUUUUAUUGAGGAGGAUAAUGGGUUGGCAUCUCUGGCUGAUAUGGAAGCUGGGUUCUCCGGGAACCAUCACCAUAGUAAUUAUACUUUGUUUUCUAGACCUAUUUCUUAUGCGAGGAAGAAUAGUAUCUUGAAUCUUUCUUCAUCGUCUUCCAUGGCUUGUUUUUCUCUGAGAUCUGGAGGCAGGUUUUACGAUGCGAGAAAUGAAGAGCAUCAUCCGUAUUUCUUGGAAGCGUGUUCGCUCUGCAAGAAACUUCUUGGGAAUAGAGAUAUCUACAUGUACAGAGGAGACACUCCAUUUUGCAGUGAAGAGUGUAGACAAGAGCAGAUAGAUAUGGACGAAGCUAAAGAGAAGAACCGGAACCUCUCUUUAUCGAUGAAGGCUUUAAGGAAGAAAGAGCAAAGGAAAUCAUCAAACAAAAAUCAGGAAUAUUCGUUCCGUACUAGCACCAUUGCAGCUGCUUAAUCACUUAUAAUAUUCAUGAUAUAUUGAAGAGAAAUGGUGAAAGCAUGGAGGGUCGGAACCACAAGAAGAAGGGGCAAUGGAAAGGUAGGAGGAGAGCCACAACCCGACUCAUGUUGAAAAUUUUAUCAACUUUUUAUAGUUGAAUUGUGAAUGCAUAUGCAAGUUUUCGUUUGGUUUUUGCCGUAGACUUAAAGUGUUUUUUUCUCCGGGGACAUUAAAAGAAAUGAUGAAAUAUACCGUAUAUUAACA